AUGUGUUGUCCAUGUGGGUGGUCCAUGAGUUUGCAUGUGCUGUCCAUGUGGGUGGUCCAUGAGUUUGCAUGUGUUGUCCAUGUGGGUGGCAUAUGUGUUGUGCAGGUGUUUUCAGGAGCUGAUGUGACAGACCACAGUGUGCUUGCUUAGCAUAGCUUUGGGUACGCUGUCCGUACAACGGCUCAAACCCUGGGCACAAUGCCUCGCAAACACGUGAACGCCCGCUUGACAAUGCCUUUAGCCAGCUGCGCCACAGAAAAGCUUUCAAUUGUUGUUUGUGUUUCAGGAGAUGGACGACAAGGUGAUCAGUCCAGAGAAGGUUGAGGAGGCCAAGUUGAAGGCUCGCUACCCAAACCUGGGGCACAAACCUGGAGGCUCCGACCUGCUACGCAAACGCCUGACCAAGGGGCAAAAGUAUUUUGACUCUGGGGACUACAACAUGGCCAAGGCCAAGGUGAAGAACAAGCAGCUUCCUGCAGCCACGUCAGAGAAGAGCGGAGGAGGAGAGAUCACAGGAGACCAUAUCCCUACACCUCAGGACCUGCCGCAGAGGAAACCUUCCCUGGUGGCCAGCAAACUGGCCGGCUGAUACACACACUGUCCUGUCUCUAACCCUGUCAAUACUCCUAACAAUCACCCUACUACACCUGUUCCUGUCUCACUACCUCCCCCCAUCUACUUCUGCCCCAGAGAGACCCUUCCCUGGUGGCCAGCAAACUGGCACACACCCCUAACUGCCUGUCCCUGGUUCUGUCCCUCAUCCUCUUCACCCAGUCCUCUCUGCUUCCCCUCACCUUCCACUCUGUUAUGGCUCCUUCUUCUUCCUGCUCUUCCUCUCCUCUCCUCUCUGUUCUUGUUUAUUUUCUAUUCUCAUGUAAAAAUACACUGAAAGCAAGGAUGAGGAUGUGUAGAAGGGAGAGAGAGGGAGGACUGAGAUGACUCCACUACAGGAGGAGACUUUAAAGAUGACCAGAACUCUGUGUCCCAGAUGACACCCUAUCCUAUAGAUGACACCCUAUAUAGCCCUGUGGGCCCUGGUCAAAAGUACAGUGUACAAAACAUUAGGAACACCAUUCCUAAUAUUGAGUUGCACCCCCUUUUGCCCUCCGAACAGCCUCAAUUCGUUGGGGCAUGGACUCUACAAGGUGUCGAAAGCGUUCCACAGGGAUGCUGGCUCAUGUUGACUCCAAUGCUUCUCACAGUUGUCAAGUUGGCUGGAUAUCUUUUGGGUGGUGGACCAUUAUUGCAACACACAGGAAACUGUUGAACGUGACAAAUCCAGCAGUGUUGCAGUUCUUGACGCACUCAAACUGGCACCUACUACCAUAUCCCGAUCAAAGGCACCUAAAUAUGUCACCCUCUGAAUGGCACACAUACACAAUCUGUCUCAAGGCUUCACAAUCCUUCUUUAACCUGUCUCCUCCCCUUCAUCUACACUGAUUGAAUUGGAUUUAACAAGUGACAUCAAUAAGGGAUCAUAGCUUUCACCUGAUCAGGCUAUCAUGGAAAGAGCAGGUGUUCAUAAUGUUUUGUACACUCAGUGUAUUUAGGGAAUAGAGUGCCAUUUUGGAUGUACACCUGGAGAGUCUGUAACAUAGAAGGGAGGAGGGCCCAGACUGGAGCCACAGAGAUUCUGAAAUGGCACACUAUUCCCUAUGCAGUACACUACUAUCAACCAGAGCCCUAUGUGGCUGCCCUAUGAGCAUCUGGCCCAAAACGGUUACCCUACAUAGGGCAUAGUGAUCCAUUUGGGACAGGCAGGCGUUCUCUGGUCUAGAGGGUUGAAUGUCGUCUCCAGUCCUGUUAGCUGAUUGUGUAAAUAUGUCUAGUUGUGUUGGAGAGGAGUGAGGCUGAAAUCAGCCUUUUAGAAUGUUUUAACGUAGAAUAUUAUGAUUUACCAAACACGUUGUUGGUGUUAUGUUGUCGUCUAAAUGAUGCUGUAAUGUGCUUGAGUGAUUGAAUAUAACCUUGAUAAUGACUGACCAGAACCUCUCACUGCUGUUGUUCUGUUUAAAGGCAGAAUGUAUGUCCCAAAUGACAACCUAUUCAUUACAUAGUGCACCACUUUUGAACAGGGUCCAAGGGGCUCUGGUGGUGAGAAGUAGUGCAUUAUAUAGGGAAUCUCCAAUCAUACCCUUCUUUCUGUGUAGUGCACUACGUUAUUGCCACAUAGGGCUCUAGUCAAACGUAGUGCACUAUUGGGGAGUUUCCAAUGAGGAUUUACCUCAGUGUUUUACCAAAAUACUCAGACUUUUCUGUUUCCGUCUACCCGUAUCGGCACUCGUGUCUCACUGGGCCAUGGCUCCAGUGGACCUGUUCUGACUUGGAGCCAGGUCCUGGGUACUUAUCAACCUCAUUUCCAUAAUAAUGGCUAACUAUGAACUUUAACACCUUCUCACAAAGCUACUGUCUUGAAUGAUGUAGAGGUUGUUGAUUCUGCCUGCCCCAAGUCUUUAUCAUCAACCUCCUGAUAACACUAGAGCUUACAUUAAAACACUGAAGACCCA